ACCCAAAUUGACCUAAUCAUGUUUGAUAUUGUUUGCGUUUGCCAGAAUUAAGAACUUGGGAGAUAAAAACGAGAACUGCCGGCUAAAGAUAAUAUACACACAGACUUUUUAGACAGUUACCAGUAUGAAGACAUUUGAAGCGGUUGCCUUUGAUUAAUAAUGCAGUUUGACUUAAUAUAUAAAGAAAUAGGAGACUACGGCUGUUAUCAGAGAUGGAUAGUAUGGGCGGCAUCGUCGACAGCAUUUUAUGCGGGACUUCUAAUUCUUACAUCGUUCUUUGUUCUUGCUAUUCCUGAACAUAGAUGCGCGAUACCAGGUUUGGAGAAUGAUACCUACGAGAUACAGAAUGAGUAUCAUCGUGAGCUGGUCAAUAGAACGAUACCACUAGCGCCAUCUGGUGAAGAUUACUAUUAUGAUCAGUGUCACUACAUGUUUGUUAAUAAUGAUGGUGAAGAAACACUUGAAAAAUGUGGCAGAUGGGUCUAUGAUAAAACUAUUUUCAAAUCUUCCCUUGCCGCUGAUCUAAAUAUGGUGUGUGACGAUGCCAUACUAAAAUCAAAUGCGCAGAUGGUUAAUUUUGCUGGUAUAUUUGCUGGUUCCCUACUCACUGGAAUAUUCUCAGAUAAGUUUGGACGUAAAACAACAAUGUGUACAUCUCUGACCCUCAUAUUUGCAUGUUCUCUCGGGAUGGCAUGGAGUCCUAACUACACAGUUUUCAUCAUUCUUACAUUCUUCGUUGGAUUUUUUAAUGUUGGUCAGUGGAUGCCUGCGUUUGUUAUCCGUAUGGAGUUUGUAGGUCCAUCUGAAAGGAAGUUUGCUGGUUAUUUAGAUUCGUUUAUCGGUGCCGUCGGAAAAAUGGCCCUGGCAGGCAUGGCAUAUUUCAUUCGAGACUGGAGUACAUUGCUUAUAGCUGCAUCACUUCCGGGAGUUUUGUACCUGCCGUUUUGGUUUAAACAGAUUUUCCCAGAAUCUGCACGCUGGCUGUUUUCUCGUGGUAAAACCGAAGAAGGAAAAGCAGUUAUAAAUCGUUGGGCAAAAUGGAACAAAAUUGCAUUGCCACAAAAGUUUUUUGACAAGGUUCUGACCGAUAAAGACGAGCAAAAGCCAGUUCAAGGAAAUUUGUGGAAUUUGUUUUCCUCAAGAGUGCUUGCUAUCAGAACAAUUUUAAUUUUCAUAAUUUGGUUAACUGUAUGCCUAAGUUACUAUGGUCUAACCUUCAAUGUCAGUGAUUUUGGAAGCGACCUCUACUUAAAUUUCAUGUUACAAGCGCUUGUUGAAAUACCUGCGAUCGCACUAUGUCUACUCAUCUUGGACAGGGUAGGCAGGAAACCAGUAAUGGUCGGAAGUAUGUUCAUAGGCGGAGCUGGUUGCCUAGCAACAAUAUUCACGUUGAUUUAUCUUCCUGAUAAACCAGUAGCUACAACUAUUCUGGCAUUGAUUGGUAAAAUGGGACUGUCCGCUGGUUUUACUACCGCGUAUAUUUAUUCGAGUGAGCUGUUUCCAACAGUGGUCCGUAAUUCUGGUCUAGGUGCAAGUUCAUGUAUGGCCCGGGUUGGUGGCAUGGUUGCUCCGUAUAUAGCUGAACUAGAUCGUUUUGUUGGAGGCAGGUUCGGUAGUGCUUUACCUCAAGUCGUGUUUGGAGUUCUUUCAAUCGUCGGUGGUAUUGCAGCAAUAUUUUUGCCGGAAACAUUAAACCGAUUUCUUCCGGAAACUAUCGAACAAGGGCAGCAAUUUGGAAAAGUGAAGACAGACGAAAGAGCAAUAGAUAAAACAGUACAUAUUAAUGCGAUAUCAAAGACUUCAGACACAUCACACCUAUAGAUGUUUAACAAAAGGAAGAGUUCAUUAUCUUCAUUAUAUAUUCAUCAGUUAUUUAGACAGAUUGACAACAGCGAUGGAAUGCUUAAACUAUAAACCCUUUAUAGUCAUGAAUGUCGUGAAUAUUGUAAAACACUGAAUAUUUUCUAAUUUGGGUCAUUUGUCCAUUCUCUUUUCACUUUGUCGAGUUGGCGUGUUUGUGAAAUAUAUAUACCACAUUUCGUUUGUCUUUCUGGCACGGGCAUCAAAGCACCGUUACUAAAUUUUUGAAUGUUUUUGUUGUGAAGUUUUGGCGCCUGAGCCAGUGCAACAAAAAGAAAUUAUCACAAUACGCAGAACAAAACACUGAACGCAACAGAACACAUAAUUUUAUUCUCGCAAAAUGUGUGUUAUGUAACACGUUUCAUUGUGUCGUCCUGGAGCGCACAAAUGCUCCAGAAUUUUUUUUUGAAAGUUUUACACUUUUGACGCGCGGCAAAACGAAACUAUCAAGUUGAACGCACCAUUAAAAAAGAUUGAACGCAACAGAAGGAAACAAUUUAUCUUUAACUCAUUUUAUUUGGGGACAGGAAGAAUUUUUUAUGUGUAGCUGGCAUGUCAACGCGAAACAAUUUUGUUUGAAAGACUGGAAUUAACAUUCAAGCAUUUAUCAUAUUUUAGUUAUGCUUUUAAAUAAAACAAAUCAAAGAAAGAAAAUUUAAUUUGAUGGAAAUGCAUUUAAACAAAACAAUGAGCCGUUAUUAUCCGUUUAACACAUCAUCCUAAUGUUGGAAUAGACUAUCGCUUUCCUUUUGUCGAAGUUUAUUGUUAUUAUUAUUAUUAUUAUUAUUAUAAAGUCGAUGUUACUAUUACUUAGUAUUAUUAAACGGAACUUACAUAG